AUGGUGGGUCUGAAGCCCCCCGAGGUGCCCCCCACAGCUGCCAUGAAGUUCGUCAGCGCCGGGAUGGCCGGCUGCAUCGCCGACGUCUGCACCUUCCCCCUGGACACCGCCAAAGUGCGGCUGCAGAUCCAAGGCGAGGUGCGGAUCCCUCGGAGCACCGGCACCGUGGAGUACCGGGGUGUUUUGGGGACGCUGAGCACCAUGGUGAGGACGGAGGGACCCCGCAGCCUCUACAGCGGGCUGGCGGCUGGGCUGCAGCGGCAGAUGAGCUUCGCCUCCAUCCGCAUCGGCCUGUACGACUCGGUGAAGCAGCUCUACACCCCCAAGGGUGCCGAGAGCACAGGGCUGGCGGCGCGGGUGCUGGCGGGCUGCACCACGGGGGCGGUGGCGGUGACGUGCGCCCAGCCCACCGACGUGGUCAAGGUUCGGUUCCAGGCCAACGGGGCGCUGCCGGAUGGCGUCCGCCGGUACAACGGCACCGUGGAUGCCUACCGCACCAUCGCCAGGGAGGAGGGCGUCCGCGGGCUCUGGAGAGGGACGCUGCCCAACAUCGCCCGCAACGCCAUCAUCAACUGCGGGGAGCUCGUCACCUACGACCUCAUUAAGGACGCGCUGCUGCGGGCGCAGCUGAUGACAGACAACCUCCCCUGCCACUUCGUGGCCGCUUUCGGAGCCGGCUUCUGUGCCACGGUGGUGGCGUCGCCGGUGGACGUGGUGAAGACGCGGUACAUGAACUCCAGCCCCGGGCAGUACCGGAACGUGCUCAGCUGCCUCCUCGCCCUGCUCAUGCAGGACGGCCUCGCCGGCUUCUACAAGGGGUUCGUCCCCUCCUUCCUGCGGCUCGGCUCCUGGAACAUAGUGAUGUUCGUCUCCUACGAGCAGCUGCAGCGCGCCGCGACGCUGGCCUGGCCGGCCCAUUCCUGA